UUGACCAGCGCGUCCCCUGCGGUGGCGAUCAGGGGGUUAUCCCUCCUUGGCAGCGGGACAGGUUCUUCCAGGAUCCUCGGCUUGAGUUUCAGGGCAGAGGCCGCCGGUCGCCUAGAAGGCUCUCUGGUCCUGGGUGAGGAGCACCCCUCGAAGACAAGGGUCCAAGCCACAGGCCCGGAUUCUUAGAAGCCGGGCCUGGUGGUAUCUCCGCGCUAAUCUCGAGGCAGCGGCGGCAAACCAACUUCCUAGGAAAGGAGGCGGUGCAGUUAUUUUUUUAAGUUUAUAUCGAUAUAUACACACAUACACACACAUAUAUAAAAACAACCCCGCGCAACAACCAAAACAAAUGCGGUUGCUGCAAAGGGAUUCCCAGAACCAGUUUCCUCUUCGCGCGCCCCCCCUCAUUUGCAUGCAGGCCCCGCCCCCACGGAAGAUCCGGGCAUGUAUUUGCAUAAGAGAGUACUUGAAACGUUGAGGGUGGUAUGCAAAUAAGGACUGGCUCCGAUUGGCUGGGGGACAGCAGGUGCCGCGUCCGGAUUGAUCAAAGCCAAGUAGGCGGGGCUGUCGUCCAGGGAGACUCUCUCGGGAGGCGCGUGCCCGGAUCAGUAGCGUUGGGGCUGGCGCGCACGGCGAAUCUUAACGUUGCGCCGUUUGUGGGCGCUUCUGGGCCACCAGCUUCUCUGCCUUCCACCCUGGCGCCCCCCAGUCCUGGCUCCCCGGCCUCGCUGCCCGGGGCGUCCACGCCCUGCGGGCUCAGCGGGCUCAAUCUGCGCAGCGCCUCCUCCAUGUUGACCAAGCCUCUGCAGGGGCUCCCCGUGGCCCCCGUGACCCCCACGACGCCGCCAGGAGGCAAGAAUCGGGAAGCGUUCGAGGCCGAGUACCGACUCGGCCCCCUCCUGGGUAAGGGGGGCUUUGGCACCGUCUUCGCAGGGCAUCGCGUCGCAGACCGACUCCAGGUGGCCAUCAAAGUGAUCCCCCGGAAUCGUGUGCUGGGCUGGUCCCCCUUGUCAGACUCGGUCACAUGCCCACUAGAAGUGGCCCUGCUAUGGAAGGUGGGUGCAGGUGGUGGACACCCUGGUGUGAUUCGCCUGCUUGACUGGUUUGAGACACCAGAGGGAUUCAUGCUGGUCCUCGAGCGGCCUUUGCCCGCCCAGGAUCUCUUUGACUACAUCACAGAGCAGGGCCCAUUGGGUGAAGCCCGAAGCCGCUGCCUCUUUGCCCAGGUAGUGGCAGCCGUUCGGCACUGCCAUGCCCGUGGAGUUGUCCAUCGUGACAUCAAGGAUGAGAACAUCCUAAUGGACCUCCGCCGGGGCUGUGCCAAACUCAUCGAUUUUGGUUCUGGCGCCCUGCUUCAUGAUGAACCCUACACUGACUUUGAUGGGACAAGGGUGUACAGCCCCCCAGAGUGGAUCUCUCAUCACCAGUACCACGCACUCCCAGCCACUGUCUGGUCACUGGGUAUCCUCCUCUACGACAUGGUGUGUGGGGACAUUCCCUUCGAGAGGGACCAAGAGAUUCUGGAGGCUGAGCUCCAGUUCCCUGCCCAUGUCUCCCCAGACUGCUGUGCCCUCAUCCGCCGGUGCCUGGCCCCCAAACCCUCUGCCCGACCCUCACUGGAGGAGAUCCUGCUGGACCCCUGGAUGCAGACACCAGCCGAGGAUGCACCCCUCAGUGCCCCCAAAGGAGGUCCCACUCCUUUGGCUUGGUCCCUGAUGCCCUAGUCCUGGCCAGGCCCCCACUAGUUGGAAUAGCCAUCCCAUGGCCAUGCCGCAGGGAUAGAUGGACAUAUGUUGACCUGGUUUUACAGGUCACUAAAAAUUCAGUGUUACUAGGGUCAGAGAUUGGGGAUCAAAGGUCAGAAGACAUAAGCCAAGUCUGCCCAGUCCCCAUCCCAAUCCUGCUAAGGAGCCUUCCUCCCAGAAUUUAUGGCCUCUUAUUCUGGAGCGGGGACUUCUCAUUUUGCUAAGGAUGUUUAUUUGCUUGGAAGUUACUUUCAUUCUGAGCCCCAGGACUCUUAUUGUGAUGUUAUAACCCCUACACUAGCACCUCCUGCUACCACCACACAAACUUAGUUCAAAUGCUCUUACUUGGGCAAGGGUGCUUUCCUUCUAAUAACCCAGCAGCUCAUAUUUUAGCAAAGGGACCCUUUCCCCGAGCCUAGGGUCCCAUAUUCAGUUAAGCUGCUUGCCUACCUCAGCCCAGGGUUGCUUAUUCUGGGGGAGGUAAUGCCCUAUUGUUAUCCCAGGGCUCUUUCUUUUUUCUUUCUUUCUUUUUGUGAGGGGACCCUACUCUGUUAUCCCAAGUGCUCUUAUUCUGGUGAGGAGAACCCUACUUCCAUGAUUUGGGAAGGAAUGGGAGAUGGACACCACCAGAGUCCACUAGGAUGGGGUGAAUGGGUUUUUUUUUUUGAGGGAUGGGGUGGGGGAAAUAAGUCUUGUUGUUUGUUCUCCUGGGGCUCCCCCCUCCACCUUUUUCAAUUCUUGCUGCCUCCUUCUGAGCCAGGAUUGUCCAGUUGCUGAAAUGUAAAUACUUAUGUAUUAGGGGGAGGGGAGCUCCAACUGUGUCCUCUUCCCUUCUCCCCCUGCCUGGAUUAUUUAAAAAGCCAUGUGUGGAAACCCACUAUUUAAUAAAUGUAAUAGAAUCAGAAGUGACUGGCCAUUUGUGGAUGCAGCAAGGAAACCCACUGUUUAAUAAAUGUAAUAGAAUCACAA